AUGAAGUCAUUAUUUGUUUCACUUUUUCUUUUUUUUAUAUCAUCAAUUUCAGCCCAUAAUGUGUUGAUUGCUCCAUAUGGUAAACAAUGUUUUUAUGAAUCAUUAAACAAAAAUGAUGAGUUGGCAAUCAGUUUCCAAGUUGGGUCACGUAAUCCUUAUAAUUCCGAGCAAUAUACCAUUGAUUUUUAUAUCAAUUCACCUCAAGGACAAACCAUUUUAAAGAAAACCGAGUUAGACCAUGGUGACGAAACUAUUACAGCUACAUCAAGUGGGAAAUAUUCGUAUUGUUUCAGCAAUGAAAGAACUGGUGUUGUUGAUUUGGAUGUCAGUUUCAAUAUCCACGGGGUCGUUUAUGUCGAUGUCAACGAUCCAAAACUGGGAACUUUAGACUACGCUAUCCAAAGAUUGAGCCAAUUGACCGAUGAUGUCAGGGCAGAACAAGGAUACCUCGUAAUCAGAGAAAGAACUCACAGAAACACUGCAGAAUCUACUAAUUCAAGAGUCAAAUGGUGGUCAGUCUUUCAAAUCUUUGUUGUUGCUGCCAACUCUGUUUUCCAAAUCUAUUACUUGAGAAGAUUUUUCGAAGUACAAUCGGUUGUAUAG